GACCCUAGUUUCCAGAAUUUGGCUGCAAGCAUGAAGAAUGAUAUCACUUGUACGAUCUGUACGCAGAUUAUUUCGCUACCUUAUGUACUGUCAUGCGGGCAUACGGCAUGCCGAGCUUGUCUUGAAGGAUGGUUCAGCGAGUUACUUGUGCAACACUUGGAGAGGCACCCGCACGCUGAUUUGCCCAACAUGCAACCAUACUACGAUGCCAUCCGCGAUCCCAGCUUGGACGAAACGAUUCGAGAACGUGCUAUCGCAGAGGCUACGAUGGUUCUCAAGUUUCAUCCUCGCCCUAGCUACACGUGUCCCAUUUGUCGACAGAUUCUGAAGACCAAGCCAACGGGAGAGAUUGCGCUGAGGAGUAUUGUAUCGAGCGUCGCGCACUCACUGGGUGAAGAGAACCCUAACACCGGGAGCGUCCAUGAGGAGGAAGGUUUCUGGGACGGGUUCUUUCCA